AUUUGAAAUGACAUCUGUUGAAUGCAGUUACCAGUUACAUUUUUUAAUAUAUCAAUGUCAUGUUUGAAAUAUGGAAUUCAGGCUUUAAAAUGUCAUAUUUGGACGAAUUAAAGGAAAAACUUGAGUUGUGGAAUUUUGAUAAUAAAUAUUUGGCAUAUGCAAAGUUAUUUAUCAUUCUAUUGAUUAUUUUGCAAGUCGUAAUUUGGAUUUGUUAUAGAUAUAAAAGCAAUAAUAAUGGAGCAAUAGUUGCACAUCUGUUAGUAGCAUUUGAGGAACAUAGAAUUGUGGAUAUUAUAGAAAUAUUAACCAUGUACCCUAAUAUCAUCAAUGAGCCCAUUUCAAAUAAUGGAUAUACACCUUUUAUGAUAGCAUGUUCGAUGAACAACACUCAGUUAGUUAAAUUUAUGUUAUCCAAAGGUGCCGAUAUACACAAAAAUACACCUUAUAAUGAUUCCGUGUUUUAUUUGGCAAUGUUCCACUACAUUAGAAAUCCCGGAGAUUUAAAUGCCACUUGUAUCCGAGAACUGUAUUAUGCUGGUUGUGAUAUUAAUGCGCCCAAUGGUAACGGAUAUACGCCUUUACAGAUGGCUGCAAUGUUCGGUCACACUCCCCUUGCAAAGUGGUUGCUUAAUAAAAAUGCUUCGGUGUCCGUUUAUCCCCAUCCCAUUGUAAUUGCUUCUUCUCACGGUCACCAAGAAACAGCAGGAUUUAUUUCCAGUUGGGUCAAUUCACAUGAUAAUAGGCUAAAUUAGUUCAUCACUGUUUACUUGUGGUUAAAUUUGAAAUUAAAAAUAUUGUUGAAAUAAUUCCAACCGUAACAGGAAGCUCUAAAAGAAGUGGGAUGUAAUAAAAUUAAUAUAAAAAAAUUUUAUUGUAUUUUUUACAUUAAAUUGAAUUUUAUAGUUAUAUUAUAUUACAUUGUUUGAAUGCAUAUACACUAUUGGUAGAAAGUAGGGCAACUUUAAAAAUAUAUAAAUU